AUGAUCGGAAACGGCUUAAAAAACACAAACGGUACUAUGAGUUCUGAAGAAAAUGAUAACAUACCAGCUGCAAGUAAUUUCUGCAGAGAUUUUAUAAGAGGAUGUUGUCCUAGAGAUAAUUGCCGGUUUCUUCACGAAAUUCCACCGAAAGCCCGUUUGAAAGAGCUGUUUCGUUUUUGUCAUGAUUACCAAAAUAAAGGUUGCUAUAGAUCGAAUUGUAAAUUUCUCCACAUUUCAUUAGAGAAUGAGGAACAAUUCUAUGCUACCGGUGUUUUUCCUCGUGAUCUUCGUAAUGUACCAGCUAUAUGUCAAUCCACCAUCCAAGGAGCCUGUUCCAAUCAAGACUGCAAGUUUGUACAUGUAAGAGAUGCACCAUUCAGUGAGAUAGGCGCUAAGCGUAAUGCACAACAGCCAAUGUUUAAUCAUACAUUCUCCCCACAUAUAAGGGAUAAUGAUUCCCCACCAGAGGCUAAGUUUAGAAGAUAUACUAUGGAAGAACCAAAUUUGGACAACCAGACUAUGCAGCCACCAAAUAUGUGUCAGAAUUGUGAUGCAUUAAAUCAUAGAAUAAAGUUACUCCAUGAUAAUAUAAGUGUUUUGCUCAAGAAGGUAGCUGAUUUGACAGAGAAAAAUGUUCAGCUGACAUCAAUGAAUGAAUUUUUAUUAGAACAGACGGCAUCUGUAAGAAGUGAUCAGCCUUGUGUUAUAACAUCAAGACAUGGUACUUCAGCACCUGUUUCCUUGGCAACUGUAAGUGUGACACCAGUUGUCAGUCUUGCUGGAGCCAUCCCAGCACUCAUGCCUACAGCGGCCACACCAAACUUGACAUUGGCCCCAGCUGCAUCUCAAGCCCAGCUCCUCACUCCAGCUCCUCAAAUACUCACUGUUAGCACAACACAACAGCUAGUUGGAAAUUCUGGAGCUUUAAUAGUAACAAGUGCUGGAGCUCAACAGUUAAUGCAAGUCAGUGAUUCUGGCACACUCAUGGGUGGGGGUCAAACUGUUGUGGCUGUUACUCCUGCCCAGUUGACAUUAGCACCGCCUACGCAACAGUUAAUGAGCAAUGCACCACAGACGGCAGUCCAACAGCUGGUUCAAACAUCUGCUCUACAACCACAACUGGGACCACAACACCAGGCAUCCCAAUAUGCUGCUCAACAAUCAGUACAGCAUUUAGCCCAGCAGUCUGCUCAGCAUCUGGCUGCACAGCAAUCCGCUCAGCACCUUGCUGCUCAACAAUCUGCCCAACAUUUGGCUCAGUCAGCUCAACAUUUGGCUGUAGCUCAACAGUCAGCACAGCAAUUAGCUGCGCAACAAUCAGCACAACAAAUGGUGGCUCAACAAUCUGCCCAACAAGCUGCUAUGGUGGCUCAGCAGCAGUCAGCACAGCAACAGCUGGUGCCAUCGGCCCAACAACUGGUUCAUCAGACUUCAACUCAGCAAAUAACAAUUUCUAGCACUAGUCAGCCAUUGGCUUUACCAAAUUCUCAAGCUCAGCCACUGACAUUCCCUAUAAUCUCUCAGAGCAUCCUGCCCCAUUAG